ACAGUUUUAGAAAGGUACUGAGAUUUUUUUCAGUAGAGAGAAGCUUGAACACACGAAGAAACCAUGGCGGGAAUCGAUACACAGAAGCAGCUUCUCUCUCUGAUCCGCGAUUUCACAUCUGAAAGAUCUCGCGGAGAGCAAAGAGUUGUUGGAUUGAAGAAGAGGAUCGAGAUUUUGCAAUCGGAAAUCGAAGCAGCGAAUUCAGAAGUUGAGAAUGCGAAGCGUAUCAAAGAAGUGGCGGAAGAGGAGCUUAAUGGUUACGAAGUUGAAUUGUCUUUGAACGAUGCUACGAUUCAAUCUCUGGAGGCAAGGAUUAGUCUUCUUCAGGAUGAAGUUUCUACUGUUGGCAGUGAAGUUGAUGCUCUUAAGAACAAGGAAGGAUUUCUCAGAGAUCAGUUUAUAAGCCAAAUGGAAGAACUGAACAAGGAGAUAAGGGAGUUCCAGAAAACAGUAGAUUCGACUUUUGGCAAUGAUGAUAGUACUGGCAUAACACCAAAUGUCAAAGCUUUUGAGGAUAGUUCUGGAGCGGAUUCAGAAGCUAUCAAGGGAAUGCUAUCUGAUGUAAGUUCUCAAUUAGCAAAAGAGGAAGAAGGAUACCUGGCGGAGAAGAAGAUACAAGAACAGCUGCAGAAGGAGCUCGAUGACUAUGAGAAGAAAAUGUCACUCAUGGAGGCCAUAACAGACAAAACGAAUUCAGUGCAAGUUCUCGCUAGAUAUCCUUUAAUCCCAUUAGCUGUUGGAACAAACAUUCGCUUCACUUGGGGAGGAGCUGCAAAAGAGAUGCCGAUGCCAACAUUGCCAGGCAGAAAAUUUGGAAGUCUUGAACUUACUUCUUCAGGGAGAUCAAGAUAUGGAGGUGUCUUAGAUAAAAGCCUCUUGUGGUUGCUUGAGGUAAGAUUGAUUUACUUGGGUCUCAAGAUGGUAAGACAUUUACUUUCACCUCUCUGGAUUUAAAAAAACAAACUUGUCUAGAAAUUUUACUAAAUAUGCAAUGAUGAAGCUAACAACAGUAGUCCCAA